UGGAUGAGUUUUCUUUCUACCUUUGCUGAAUUUCCCACCGGUUUCAGAACAUCUAAGUCCAAAUGUGCUUCGAGCUCUUGGACAUUAAAAAUCCAAAAGUGCCUUGACUUCCUCGGAACUUUCAAGUCCAAAUGUACCACGAGUUCUUGAGACAUCCUAGUCUCGUCUCCUCUAAAUGUCCCGCGAGAUUUCGUACAUUUGGAUUUCCAGAUGCAGCGCUAACCGACGUCCAGGUACACCAUGCUUUCCAAAUCUAUGGCCAAGGCAGGUCAAAUCGAUUCGUCAAUCCUGACUCCACGCAGAGAAGACCAGACGAUGUAACCGAUCGUUCUCUUCGCCCUAAUCAACCAAUGUCCUUCAUGGAGCAGAGAACUAGUUACCCUCGAACAUCACGACAAAGCCACAACCAUGUACCUCGAAACAAUACUCUCGAUCCUCCGCAUUCACGAAGAAGAGCUGCCACUCACACAUGGGAUUCCGAUGACGAUGACGAUCCCGUGCCAGAAAUGGAUGCUGAGAGUUAUCGUCGAAGUGCGGAGUUGUUAUUUGGUGCGGACUUAGACGAGGAGCGGUCGAUGGCUGCCAUGCGAGGAGCAUUAGCUGCAGGCAAAAGGGUGCCUUCCAAAGAAGCUCUUGCGUCCCUGGAGAUUGUGAAGCUUGAGGAUCUAGAAGAUAACGGCCGAACAUGCAUCAUCUGCUACAAUGAAUUCGGCGUCAGUAAUCCAGAAGGCAUCACCGAAAAUCCCAUUCGUCUUCCGAGAUGUAAGCAUGUUUUUGGCGACAAAUGCAUCAAGAAGUGGUUCGAGGAUUCAGACAGCUGCCCGUACUGCCGCGAUAAACUUCCAUCUGAGCUGUCCGUGAGAAAAACGCUGGCCUACGAAUCAUACAGGGCUGCACGACGGGAGCAUAUGCUAGCUCACCAGAGAGCACGACAAGGCUUUGCACUUCGGUAUCCUUUCUCGGAGGAGUCUGGGGCCUCAAGGACUUCUGCCUCCAUCUCCAUGCAGCGAGCACAGGACGAGUAUGAACUAGCCAUGACCAGAAAUGUCGACUCGUGGGGCUACUCCCCUCCUAGUCGAUCGACAGGGGAUUCUCCAGAAAGCAGAAGACGUCAGGCUCGGGGGAGAAUUGGGAACAGCAGAGCAGCUCAUUUGCUAGGUCGCCCUACGUCUGUCGGUUCCGCUUCUGCUCGAUGGAUCAACCCGGCCUCAGCCCAUGGAAACCUUCCCCAGCGUGGCACUAAUGUCCCUCCUGUCAACAAUGCACCUAGGAGAUCUGUUACUCCUGGUCUGCCUAGGCAGAAUAGUGGCGGCUCUUCAAGUUCGAGUUCACAGACUCCUCCACGUAAUCGAGGUCUUUCUGGCUUUUCGUCGUCUCCACCAGCAGAAGAAGCAUCACCUCCAGUUGCUGUUGGAUCGGGGUUAUCAAGAGAUCGUCAGGUAGAACGUCAAGGUGAGCCUACCUUGCGCCGUAGUCUUGACUUCUCCGCAGGCCCCUCGAGCACGGGUUGGAAUUCUGACCCCUUGAAUUUCAUGUAUCCUGAUCAGUUCAAUCUAGGCCAAUCGAGCAGGCCCCGGCCACAUUCAAAUGAUCUGGGAAAUUCAACUUUCCAAACACUGCUCGAUGCCACUCAUCCUCUCAGCCAAAACCCCCCGUCCGGCACGGGUUCGGACGCAAACAGGCUCCAGCAAGGGGAACCGAAUCGAAAUAGCGACAUGGACGGUCAAUUGCUGGGAAAUCCUCAGCCAAGAUGGUCAAGAUAGCUUCGUCCCACCCCUCAACCCCUAGAGUCGAAGUGGACUUCUACAUCUCUCUCUCAAUUCGGUGAUUAUCCAUGGCGCGGGUGGAGUAAAAGGUGCAAGG